GCUAUCACUGCAGCCAGCUCACACCCGCCUCCCAACCCUGGCUCCAGCCUCCCUGUUCCUUCCCAUCCUGGCAAAAGCAUCAGACUCCAAAGAAGCUCUGCUAUUGCCUAGCGCCUGGGAGACCCCAGCCAAAAGGAGUCCAUUUCUGGUAGAAGCCUGUCCAUCCUCAAGGAACAAUGACCCAGAAGACCACCCUAGUGCUCCUUGUUCUGGCUGUCAUCACCAUCUUUGCUUUGGUUUGUGUCUUGCUAGCUGGCAGGAGCGGAGAUGGGAGCGGACUGGGCCAACCUCUUCAUUGCCCCUCUGUUCUUCCUAGUAUCCAGCCCUGGACACACCCUGGCCAGAGCCAUCUAUUUGCAGACCUGAGCCUUGAAGAGCUGAAAGCUGUGAUGAGCUUUCUGACCAAACACCUGGGGCCAGGGCUGGUGGAUGCAGCCCAGGCUCGACCCUCGGACAACUGUGUCUUCUCAGUAGAGUUGCAGCUGCCUGCCAAGGCUGCAGCUCUGGCCCACCUGGACAAAGGGGGCCCCCCACCUGUGCGGGAGGCCCUGGCCAUCAUCUUCUUUGGUGGACAACCCAAGCCCAAUGUGAGUGAGCUGGUGGUGGGGCCUCUGCCUCACCCCUCCUACAUGCGGGAUGUGACUGUGGAGCGUCAUGGUGGGCCCCUGCCCUAUUACCGGCGCCCUGUGUUGGCCAGAGAGUAUCAGGAUAUUGAGGAGAUGAUCUUCCACAGAGAGCUGCCCCGAGCUUCUGGACUCCUCCAUCACUGUUGCUUCUAUAAACACCAGGGACACAACAUGCUAAAAAUGACUACAGCCCCCCGUGGUUUGCAAUCAGGAGACCGGGCCACCUGGUUUGGCUUGUAUUACAACCUCUCAGGGUCUGGGUUUUACCCUCACCCCAUUGGCUUGGAGCUUCUGAUAGAUCACAAGGCCCUGGAUCCUGCCCUGUGGACCAUCCAGAAGGUAUUCUAUCAAGGCCGUUACUAUGAGAGUCUGAUUCAGCUGGAGGACCUGUUUGAGGCUGGCCGGGUGAAUGUGGUAUUGAUCCCAAACAAUGGCACAGAUGGGUCCUGGUCUCUAAAGUCCUCAGUGCCACCAGGCCAAGCUCCCCCUCUGCAGUUCCAUCCCCAGGGACCCCGAUUCAGUGUCCAGGGGAGUCAAGUGACUUCCUCCUUGUGGGCUUUUUCUUUUGGCCUUGGAGCUUUCAGUGGCCCAAGGGUCUUUGAUAUCCGCUUUCAAGGGGAGAGAGUAGCCUAUGAAAUUAGUGUCCAGGAGGCCAUAGCCCUGUAUGGUGGGAAUUCUCCAGCAUCAAUGUCGACCUGCUAUAUGGAUGGUAGCUUUGGCAUUGGCAAAUACUCUACCCCCCUGACCCGUGGGGUAGACUGUCCUUACCUUGCCACUUAUGUGGACUGGCACUUCCUUCUGGAAUCUCAGGCCCCCAAGACGCUUCGAGAUGCAUUUUGUGUGUUUGAACAGAACCAGGGUCUCCCACUCCGAAGGCACCACUCAGAUUUCUACUCCCACUAUUUUGGGGGCGUUGCGGAGACGGUGCUUGUGGUCAGAUCCGUGUCUACCUUGCUCAAUUAUGACUAUGUGUGGGACAUGGUCUUCCACCCCAAUGGGGCCAUAGAAGUCAAAUUCCAUGCCACGGGCUAUAUCAGCUCAGCUUUCUUCUUUGGUGCUGGUGAGAAGUUUGGGAACCGAGUUGCAGAACACACACUAGGCACGGUGCACACUCACAGCGCUCACUUCAAAGUGGACCUGGAUGUGGCAGGGCUGAAGAACUGGGCCUGGGCAGAGGAUAUGGCUUUUGUCACCUCGAAUGUACCUUGGCAACCGGAACACCAGAUGCAGAGGCUGCAGGUGACUCGGAAGCUGCUGGAGACGGAAGAGGAGGCUGCCUUCCCAAUGGGGGGCGCCACCCCACGCUACCUGUACCUGGCCAGUAACCACAGCAACAAGUGGGGUCAUAGGCGAGGCUACCGCAUCCAGAUACUCAGCUUUCCUGGCAAGCCACUACCCCAGGAAAGCCCCAUAGAGAAAGCCUUCAGCUGGGGGAGGUAUAACUUGGCUGUGACCCAGAGGAAGGAGGAGGAGCCCAGCAGCUCUAGCAUCUUCAACCAGAAUGACCCGUGGACCCCCACUGUGGACUUCACCGACUUCAUCAGCAAUGAGACCAUUGCUGGAGAGGACUUGGUAGCCUGGGUGACAGCUGGCUUUUUGCACAUCCCACAUGCAGAAGACAUUCCCAACACGGUGACUGUAGGGAACGGAGUGGGCUUCUUCCUCCGGCCGUAUAACUUCUUUGAUGAGGACCCUUCCUUGUACUCUCCUGACUCCAUCUAUUUCCGGGAAGACCAGGAUGCCAGGGACUGCGAGGUCAACCCCCUGGCUUGCCUGUCCCGGACUGCCACCUGUGCCCCCAACCUCCCUGCCUUCUCCCAUGGGGGCUUUGCUUACAAAUAAGUGUCCCCAAGAUGGACAAUCUAGCCAAGGGCUAGGGGGUAGGACAACAGUUGGGCAGUGCAGGGCCAUCUGGUUCUUUCUGUCUCCACUUCUCUGAUGUCCCCUCUCUCUUCUGCUGUCCUCCUUAUCUCUCCAUCCCUGCUUGGAGCAUCCUGAACCCAUGGAUGCCUGACACACAGGGACAAGGAGCUUUGUUGAGUUCCUGCCUCGGGAGAAAAAUAGCCUUGUUAGAAGCCUGGAAUAACUGCUAUGUUUUGUUUUGUUUUGUUUUGUUUUGAAGAUGGUUUCUUUCCCCCACGCCCAUCCCACCCCCCUAUUUGGCUUUCAUUAAAAAUUUUAUAAUAGCUUUGAGGACUCUAUAAUGAGGAUAAUUAUCUAGAAACCUGAAAGUAGGAAGUAGGGUCUCUCUGAGUCCUGCACAUCCACAGAUUCUUCAACCACAUUCCUUUCCACUUAAACAUCUUUCAUAUUCUCUCUCUCUCUCUCUCUCUCUCUCUCUCUCUCUCUCUCUCUCUCAUCUCUCUAUCUCCCUCCCUCCCUCCCUCCCCCCCUCUCUUUCUGGAGUUCCUGCUUGCUCACGCAUGCUAGGAUUCCCAUUCAGUCCAAAAAAACGAUGUCUGCCCUAAGGGCUCCUCAACCCUCAUUCUCAACUGCACUCCCUUCUCCUAGACUGGAGUCUGGAAAUCUCAAAAGAUGCAAUAGAAAGUCUCAUUGGAGAGGACCAGGCUUUUCUAUCUCCUAAUGUUUGUCACAUAUCAGGAAGGUGUAGGACUUGUCUCUGCUGCAGUCCUGCUUUGCCUCUUUAUAAAAAGAUGGUCAUAGAGACAGCAGACUGCUCUGGGGCUGCUGUGAUUAUGACGAAUGGUUAUUUUAUUCCACUGCUCUGCCAGAUUAUGGCUCUGGUUUCUGCAGUAGCCUGCAGUAGCCAGUUUGGGACAGUGUGAUAGGAACCAUGUGUGGGCGUCAAAGGUGAGAAACAGAAAACCCUGGGAAACACCCACCCACCCAACCUCCGAGAACCUAACACAGGGUCUGCCCAAUCAGAAGGAGGCAUGCAAAUUACUCUGAGUCUGAUGUGGCUUGGUGGGAUUCAGAGCUUCUCAUACCUGCUUGUCUUUGCUGAGAUCUGGACAGGACGGUACACAGGUGCCUAAAAAAAAAACCAGACACAUCAUUCCCCAUCUGGCCAGCCCCAUUGUUAACUAAUGUUAUUACUGUUAUUAAUGAAAGAAAGGUGCUGGAAAGAUGGCUCAGUAGAUUAGUGUGUGCACUGCUCUUGCAGGGGAUCCAACUUCUGUUCCCAGCAUCCUUCUUAGGUGCUCACAACUAUCCAGCUCCAGGAGAGGCAAUGCCCUCUUCAGGGGCACCUACACUCAUGCACAUACUUUCACACAGACACAUACACAUAAAUAAAAAUACAAAAAUGUAGCCUGGCGCAGUGACACAUGACUUUAACCUCAGCAUUGGGAGGCAGAGGCAGGCGGAUCUCUGAGCUUGAGGCCAGCCUGGUCUACAGAGCGAGUUCCAGGACAG